AUGACAACUUGUGAUUUGAUAAAACGGAUCAACCAAUCAAGGGAUUUUCCAACAAUGCUCGUAAAACAACAUGCUCAGCCACCAUUCAAAGUUCAUAUUGUUGGAAAAAAUAAAGCUUUUGUUUGGGAUGCCAAAGUUGGAUCGUUGGUAGGUAGUCUUCCACGUUUUCCAUUGCAAAAUCAAUUUUAUGGUUUACCUUUAUCAUUAACUCCAGAAGAGGUUACAUUGCUCUUAUCCGAAGGUAUUAUUGUAUUAGUAAAUGAUGAAAAGAGUCAUCAAACACCUACCAAACUACAAAUUGAGGAAUAUGAAAAAAGUCAAAAAGAAAAUGAAAAUCAUCAGUUACAAGAUAUAUCAUAUGAUUUCAAACAAAAAGAAAAAAGAAAAAUUGGAUUUGUUUCAUCAAUAACCAUAAAAACUGUAUCAACUAAUUCUUUUGAAUGGUAUAAUGAUGAUAAUCAAAAAUUCAAUACUUUAGAAAUAGCCAAACAAUCUAAUAUUUGGAAUUGGCCAGAAACUGAAAGUGAGAAAUAUAAAUUUAAAAUAUUUUAUGAUCUUUGGAAAAAAGGAUAUUUUAUUACAAGUGGAAUCAAAUUUGGAGGAGAUUAUUUAUUAUAUUCUGGUGAUCCAUUAAGAUUUCAUAGUCAAUACAUUGCUACUAUUAUGGAUAGAAAUAAAAUAAUAUCAUCAUUGGAUAUUAUUACAUUUGGACGAUUGGGAAAGGCAGUUAAAAAAUCUUAUAUGUUAUGUUCUUGGGAUCAAAACUUUGACAAAGGAAUAUAUUUUUGUUUAGAAUGGGCAGGAUUUUAA